CUCUCCCAUGCAUAACCCGCAUUUCUAAUGUCAAUGGCCUCUCCUGCCUUUGCCCUUAGAAGCCUCGAAAGAAUCCCAAAAAAUUAAUACCAAACGCCGUGACAAGAUGGCGUCGUGGAGUACUUCAACCCCUCUCCCUAUACUCCUCGGCCUCCUGUCCAUCCUCCUCCUCCACCCCCUCACCACCACCUUCGGCAUUCGCCUGGGCAUCAUUCACCGUCGAUCCCCUGACCUUCCCGUCUUCCGUGAAGCCCCCUCCUUUAAAAAUGGGGAGCAAUGUGGCUCCAAGAACGCAGACGGCAUCCACGUGGCCAUGACCUUGGAUGCCAAUUACAUCCGGGGCACCAUGGCUGCUGUCUUCUCCUUGUUGCAACACUCAACAUGCCCUGAAAAUCUCUACUUCCACUUUCUCUCAGCGCAUAUUGCACCAGAGUUCUUUUCAAGUAUAAAGUCUACAUUCCCUUAUUUGAACUUCAAGACUUAUGCCUUUGAUUCAAACCGGGUUCGUGGGAAGAUAUCAAAGUCUAUAAGACAAGCAUUGGAUCAGCCUAUGAAUUAUGCAAGAAUUUAUCUAGCUAAUAUCCUUCCACCCGACAUGGGACGAGUUAUUUACUUGGAUUCAGACCUCGUUGUGGUGGACGACAUUGCCAAGCUAUGGAGUGUGGACAUGGAAGACAAGGUGGUGGCUGCACCCGAAUAUUGCCAGGCAAAUUUCAUACAGUAUUUCACCAAUACGUUUUGGUCUGACCCGGAUUUGUCAAAGACGUUUCAGGGAAGAAACCCAUGUUAUUUCAACACAGGAGUGAUGGUGGUGGAUGUGGAUAAAUGGAGGAAAGGAGGGUUCACACAGAAAGUUGAGGAGUGGAUGGCAUUGCAAAAGAGAAAGAGGCUAUACAAUUUGGGGUCUUUGCCGCCAUUUUUGCUGGUUUUGGCUGGAAACAUCAAGGCUGUGGAUCACAGGUGGAACCAACAUGGCCUAGGUGGUGACAAUUUUGAAGGAAAGUGUAGGAGCCUCCACCCGGGUCCCAUUAGUCUUCUGCAUUGGAGUGGGAAGGGUAAGCCAUGGUUGAGGUUGGACUCCAGGAAGCCAUGCACCGUCGAUCACCUAUGGGCACCGUACGAUCUCUACCAUUCUUCUAGACACUUUCUAGAAGAAUAAAAGAGGAGAGUGAACUGUGAGGAGAGAACAUGCAAGUCAGGAGAUAAAAUGCAGAUUCAACUACGCACAUAACACAUGCCUUGGUUGACAUGUGCUCCGAGGAGGCAGAAUCAGAUCGGACCUUGGGUUCUUUGCGCCUUCAGCCUCACUAUCGUCGGCUGGCUCCGGUAGUGAAGCUGGGGACCUGGAUGGUAGAAUUUUUUUAACUACUCUAUGUUAGAAUGUUGUUGCCAAGAGUAGACCAUCCAAUUUGUAAAUGUUCAUUAAAAGUCUUCUUCUAUUGGUUACGAA